AUGGGCAUCUUUAACAGUGUUCUCGGGAGAAGUGAAGGAUCCACAAUGAGCCAUCACGACUCACACCUUGACAUCAUUGUCGUUGGUGCAGGCCUCAGUGGCCUCGCCACCGCCAUUUCCUGCGCCAUGUCCGGCCACACUGUUACAGUUCUCGAGCAAGCGAAAGAGUUGGCAGAAGUCGGCGCCGGUCUCCAGAUCACUCCUAAUGCUUCCCGCCUGUUCUCACACUGGAAACUUCCUGAGAAGCUAUGGACUGACGCUGCAGAGCCCACUUCCCUAACAGUGCACCGCUACACAGGCGAAGUCCUUGCCCAUGAAGAAUCCUUUGAUCGGAAUAUCCGCUCCAAGUACUCCGCACCGUUUAUCGACUUGCACCGCGUAGACCUGCAGCAAGCAUUAUACGCGCGAGCCAAGGAGCUCGGCGUGACCUUCCACCUCGACGAGAGAGUCAACACAAUUGAUUUCGACACGACUACAGUCACCACCCUCAAGGGCAGGACUGUUUCCGGGGACCUAAUAGUCGCCGCAGACGGACUCUGGUCUCGCUGUCGAGAAUGCUACUGUGGGAGAAAAGACGACCCCAUUCCCACGGGAGACCUGGCGUAUCGGAUUGUCCUGACAGCGGACCAGAUCUCAGACCCGGACCUGAAGGCUUGGGUUGAGAAUCCAACGGUACAUUUCUGGAUUGGACCUGGCGCACAUGCAGUAGGAUAUUCCCUGCGCGGGGGAAAGAUGAUGAAUAUUGUACUCUUGGUGCCGGAUGAUCUACCCCCAGGUGUAUCACGACAGACUGGCUCGCUGGAGGAAAUGAUGCGUUUAUUCGUGGGUUGGGAUCCAGUCUUAACCCGCUUUCUGGGCUACGUGAACGGCGUUGACAAAUGGAAACUCAUGCAUCCUCGACUCAGACGCCGAAAUGGAAUCGUGGAUCAACGACAAAUCCAACCUCGUCUUCAUGUAUAUUUACAUCCCCCUUCACCCCAAACCAACCCACCAACUAACCAAACCUCCAGCGGCGACGCUUGCCACCCAAUGCUCCCCUACCUCGCGCAAGGGGCCAACUCGUCCCUCGAAGACGGCGCCGUCCUCGGAGGCCUCCUCGGCCACAUGAAACACAAAUCUGAUCUCCCCGCUAUCCUCCGUAUAUACGAGAAGCUACGCAAGUCCCGAGGGAAUCAAAUCAAAAAGAGAAACGAUUUCCACAUGCACGACGGCCCCGAACAAGAGAAACGAGAUCACAUAUUCCUUUCUCAGUUGGGGAAGGAGCUAAAGGGGGCUUUUCCGAGUCGGUGGACGUGUCCUGAAGUCCAGCCAUGGUUAUAUGGAUAUGAUGCUAUCAAGGAGGUGGAGAAUGUGGUGGAGCAGAAUCCGGGAUUGUUUAAUGGCAGUAGUAAGCAGAAUAAUGAAGAAAGCUCAAUAUCCGUCUUUGGUCUUCUCACCUGGACUGAACGCUCUUAG